AUGCAGGCAGAUAUGGUGCUGGAGAGCGUUUCCAAGUGGGGCUACCGGGUGGCCCAGAGUUUCGUCUUUGCCAUCGAGGAGAUCAAUAGGAGUGCUCACUUGUUGCCCAAUUUGACUCUGGGCUUCUCCAUUCGAAACUCUGGGGACUCAGUGCAAGGAGCCGUCCACGAAACAAUGAGCUUUCUCUCGAGGCAGGAGGAGCCCAUCCCCAACUAUACAUGCCAGCAUGGCUCUCCUCAGGCUGCUCUGGUUGGGGACACACGGUCAUCCCUGUCUGUCUCCAUGGCCAGACUUCUGGGGCUGUACAAGUUUCCCCAGGUCAGUUAUUCGUCCUCACUACCCAGCCUCAGUGACAAGAUCCAGUUCCCAUCUUUCCUUCGAACCCUGACUAGUGACCUCACAUCUUGCCGUGCAGUGACCCAGCUGAUCAUUCACUUUCAGUGGUCCUGGGUGAUCAUUCUGGCCCAUGAUGAUGACUUUGGGCAGCAGGCCAGCUCUCUGGCCAAUCAGGAACUGAGCUCAUUUGGUGUGUGCAUUGAGUUCACCCUCCAUGUCCCUUCCCAUGAGUCCAUGGGGAAGAUUGGAGAGAUUGUCCAGAAGAUGCAGAAAUGCACAGCCAGGGUUGUUCUGGUUUUUCUAAGCAAUGCAAAUUUCCAGCUUAUUCUAUAUAGGUUACUGGGCGUUUCUGUUUCAGGCCAGGUCUGGGUCAGCAAGGGCACUCUGCACAUGGCACUUGCCCUGUCUAUUCCAGGCAUUUCCCAGGUAUUGUUUGGCACAUUUGGCCUUCUGUAUCACAGCAGCAGGGCUACUGGCUUCCCAGAAUUCCUUGCUCAACUGCGCCCCAGCCGGACUCCAGAAGACAUGUUUAUAAAGAAGUUCUGGGAGUUUACCUUUGAUUGCACAUGGCCCCACCAGAGCAGCCCAUUGACAGAGGGUGUCCAGCUGUGCUCAGGGAAUGAGAGUCUGAAAAACAAGCAGUAUCCUUUCCCAGAAGUGAGUAAAAUUGAUGCAGCUUACACAGCUGUCUACAGCAUUGCCCAUGCCCUGCAAGACAUGAUAACCAGUGGACAGCAGGAUGAGAAAAGUACAGAUUCCCAGAACUUCCAGCCCUGGCAGCUGCUUCAAGCUCUUAGGAAUGUGCACUUCAAGACUCCCGAUGGAAGUGAAAUUAUAUUUGAUGCCAAUGGAGAUUUGGUGACAAAAUUUGACAUUUUCCAAGGACAGAAGACCCCUGAGGGUGUAUUCCGCUUGGUCCAUAUAGGAAUGAUAGACCCUCAAGUCUCUUCGGGGAACAAAAUGAUGGUCCAUUUGAAGAAGGAAAUCCACGUGCCCACCUCUGUCUGCAGUGAAAGCUGCCUUCCAGGGUUCAGCCAAGUGUCCAGGCUGGGAGCGCCCCAAUGCUGUUUUGAUUGCAGUCCCUGCCCCGAGGGACAGUUUGCAGACAAAAAAGUUACCGUCACACUGCUCUGA